UUGGAUCAUGGACUUCUACUUUUAUGGCCCAACCAACGGUAAAGAACAACAACAGACCCACGCCUCGGAGAUUGAUAGGCCGUAGAGUUUUAAUUAAUCGAUCAACGAAAGGCAGGACUCAGAUCGAUCGACUGGGAAAUGGAUAAGAAAGCAAUGGAAGGCGAAGAAGAAAAGCAAACCAAGGAGGAGGAGGAGGUAGUGGUGGAUUGCAAGACUUGCAAGCGGUGCAGACACAGCUACUCUCCAAAAUCCAAUAACCCUAAUUCAUGUCGAUAUCAUCCUUCUUUCUUCGUGUGUCGUCGUCACGACGAUCAGAAAAGGUACUACGAGUUGGGAGCUGAUGAUCCUCCUUAUGCUGCCAAGUUUUACGAUUGCUGCGGAGCAGAAGACCCGCAAGCAUCUGGAUGUGUUACCAGUUUCCAUAUCUCGUAUGAUGAUAACUAAAACUGGAGAUGUACUAGUUAGUAUGUUAUUCAUCAUGGGUAUGUACGUACAUAAACAACCUUUUCAUGUGAAAUUGGAGACUUUUUUGCUUUCUUCCUUAAGGAACGGAACAUUUGUAUUGUACCUCUGCUCAACUGUGGGGAAAUUGGUGUAGGAUUUCUGUGAAAACCUGUCAAGCACAUUAACCCCCUUGCUUUUGUAUAAACUCUCUAUCUAUAUAUUGCAUUUUGAAGGCCGGGGCUGCUGUCUUGUACUGCUGUAUCUAUGCCCUGCCCAAGAAGUACCCA